GCGGGCGAGUUCUGGGAAAGCCCGGCCCAGGGCGGGGGCUCUGCUGCCGCCCGCGUCGCCGUCCGGGCAGCUUGCAGAGCUCUGCGGGCGCGGAGCGAAGGAGCGGCGCCGGGCGGGGGCGCACACGACGACGCGGGACCGGGUGGGCGCGGCGGCGGCGGCGGCGGGCGGCGCGCCCCGGGCUCUGCCUCCCGGGCACUUGCCCGGCUCUGCGCGCUCCUGUCGUCCGCUCCGCCGCUGACACACGGUAGCGAGGACACCCGACGCCGCCAGCGACAGGCGCGUCCCAGAGGGACGCUGCACUUGGGGACUCCGGCGCGACCGGCCAGAAGAGGAAAGGAUACAUUCGAACUGGAUUUUUAAAUCAUUGUAAGCCAGUGAUGAAUCAGAGGUUACAGAAUGCAAUGUCGAAUAAAAGUCUUCGAAAGAAUUGCUUCAAAUGACCAAAGAAAGAAAAUUGAUCUACCGCCUUAAAACCUUAAUCUCGAAGAGCAUACUGCACAUGGUAGGAAGUGAUAACUGGGGAAAUUUAUGUGGCUCUUAAUGCACCUAAAUGAAGGAAUUGUCACUUUGUUUCUCAGAGGGCUUAUACACCUGAGAUUAUUUUAAUAACCCAUAGUUUUAUUAACAUUUUGACAUGAUCACAAACGGGGAGAAACAGCGGUAGCUAAAGCCUGCUCAUUGGUCACGAUGACUUCUGAAGAAAUGGCAGCUUCUGUCCUCAGACCUGUGACUCAGCGAAAAGUGAUAUCUGCUCAGUCGGCUGUAGAUGAAAGUAACGAUAAGGUCUCGGACAUCAGUGUUCCAAAGACGCAUCCUGUCAGGCAGAGCGGGGAGACUUCUCAUACCAUCUCACAACUGACCAAACUUACAGAAGAAUCUUCUGGAAGCAACUUGCCCCAGAUUCUCUCAGUAGCAAGGGAGAAAAUAACGAGUGAUGAGAACAGUAAUGAAGAGUGCUGGGAGAAAAGCAUACCAGACUCUGUGAAAAACCUUAACGUUAACUGCAACAACAUACUGAAAAACCAUCAGUGUGGCCUUCCUCAGAGCCAGUUUUAUGAAACGUGUGAUUCUACCACAGAGGAAGGCCUGUGUUUGGAAACUGGAAUCCCUUCUUCACUGGAAAGAAAGGUGUUCCCUGGAAUUCAACUGGAAAUAGACGGACCUCCCGCGGGCAUUAUUAGUCCAUUAGGAGCUCAAUCAGCCAUCUUAGAGACGGGCAGGGCACACCCUGACAGCAACAUGGCGGUAUUUCACUUUCAGUAUGAAGUUGACAGAAGAAUGUCAGACACUUUCUGUCCCCUAUCAGAUAACUUGAUUUUGGAUGAUUGUGGAAACUGUGUACUACCUGCUGUUGGUGGGGAACAAAAGAACAAUUACAUGGCGUAUACUUGUAAACUGAUGGAAUUGGCAAGUAACUGUGACAGUAAGAAUAGGCAGCUGCAGUAUGAUCAUUGUGACCCCUUGAAUGACAAAUACUUGUGCUUUGAAGGCUCUUGCCCGAAGGCCGAUAUAGUAUGUUCAAGUGACAGCUUUUGCGGGGAGGAUUUUAUGGACAGUCCACCUGCCAAGACCUUUCUGAGUCAUUUUGAGGACUUCCCUGAUAAUUGUGAAGAUGCAGAAGAAGAUUUAUUCAAAAGCAAGAAGGAGCGGUCCACUUGGCUAGUGAGGAGAUUUUGUAAAAAUGACAGGGAAGUAAAGAAAUCUGUAUACACUGGGACAAGGGCAAUUGUGAGAACUCUGCCUUCCGGUCACAUUGGGCUGGGGGCUUGGAGUCACGUUGAUCGGAAGAGAAACGGUCUCUUACUGCCUUGUGGGAGAGUCAUGGAACGGCUGUCAACAGUGGUGACGAGGCAAGAUGGGGGCCAGUGUCCGUCAGAAGCCCAGUGGUAUCCGAUCUACAGUGCAGUGAGAAGGGGAGAAGAAACAGAAGAGACAAUUAGAUCUCUUCUCCAUUUCUUCACAAAGCUCCCAGCCUCUGAGACAGCCCAUGAAAGGAUUAGCAUUGGUCCGUGCUUAAAGCAAUGUGUCCAAGACACUGUUUGUGAGUAUCGUGCCACCCUCCAAAGGACUUCCAUAUCUCAGUACAUCACCGGCUCUCUGCUAGAAGCCACCACAUCUUUAGGAGCAAGAAGUAGCCUUCUCAGUUCUUUUGGAGGAUCCACCGGACGAAUGAUGCUGAAAGAACGCCAACCAGGCACCUCGAUGGCCAAUUCCAGUGCCCUCCCUUCAAGUUCAGCUGGGAUCAGCAAGGAACUGAUUGAUCUGCAGCCCCUCAUCCAGUUCCCAGAGGAAGUUGCCAGCAUCCUGAUGGAGCAGGAACAGAAUAUUUACCGAAGGGUCUUGCCGGUAGACUAUCUUUGCUUCUUGACCCGGGACUUGGGCACUACGGAAUGCCAGAGGCCCCUGCCCUGCCUCAAAGCGUCCAUCUCAGCAUCCAUUCUUACCUCCCAGAACGGAGAGCAUAAUGCCCUUGAAGAUCUUGUGAUGAGAUUUAAUGAGGUGAGCUCCUGGGUGACAUGGCUGAUCCUCACGGCGGGCUCCAUGGAGGAGAAGCGGGAAGUCUUCUCGUAUUUGGUGCACGUGGCCAAAUGCUGCUGGAACAUGGGCAACUACAACGCCGUCAUGGAGUUCUUGGCUGGCCUCAGGUCAAGAAAAGUUUUAAAAAUGUGGCAGUUUAUGGACCAGUCUGACUUGGAGACGAUGAGAAGCCUGAAGGACGCCAUGGCCCAGCAUGAAUCUUCCUGCGAGUACAGGAAGGUGGUGACUCGGGCGCUGCACAUCCCCGGCUGUAAGGUGGUUCCGUUCUGCGGGGUGUUUCUGAAGGAGCUCUGUGAGGUGCUUGAUGGAGCCUCUGGCCUCAUGAAGCUUUGCCCGAGGUACAAUUCCCAAGAAGAAACUCUAGAGUUUGUAGCCGAUUAUAGUGGACAAGAUAAUUUCUUACAACGAGUGGGACAGAAUGGCUUAAAGAAUUCAGAGAAGGAGUCCACCGUCAACAGCAUCUUUCAGAUCAUCAGAAGCUGCAGUCGAAGUCUGGAGACAGAAGAGGAGGACAGCCCCAGUGAGGGGAGCAGCGCUAGGAAAAAUUCCUUGAAGGAUAAAGCCCGAUGGCAGUUUAUAAUUGGAGAUUUGUUGGAUUCUGAAAAUGACAUCUUUGAGGAGCCCCAAGAAUGCGACCCUCACGGAACAGAAGAGCCACAGAAGGCCUUUGACCAUGGGACAGAGCUCAUCCCCUGGUACGUGCUGUCCAUCCAAGCUGAUGUGCACCAGUUCCUGCUGCAGGGGGCCACGGUCAUCCACUAUGACCAGGACAUGCACCUCUCUGCCCGCUGCUUCCUCCAGCUUCAGCCUGACAAUAGCACCUUGACCUGGACAAAGCCCACCACUGCUUCCCCAGCCAGUGCUAAAGCAAAACUUGGUGUGCUUAGUAACACAUCCGAGCCUGGCAAAUUCCCAUUACUGGGCAAUGCUGGAUUAAGUGGCCUGGCAGAGGGGGUCUUGGAUAUGUUUUCAGCAAAGGCUGUGUACAUGGGACACCCUGGCAUUGAUAUACACACUGUGUGUGUCCAGAACAAACUGAGUAACAUGUCUCUCUCAGAGACUGGUGUGACACUGCUCUACGGGCUUCAGACCACGGACAAUAGAUUAUUGCACUUCGUGGCACCAAAGCACACAGCUAAAAUGCUCUUCAGUGGAUUGUUGGAACUCACGAGAGCUGUGAGAAAGAUGAGGAAGUUCCCUGACCAAAGACAGCAGUGGCUGCGGAAACAAUACGUCAGCCUCUACCAGGAGGAUGGACGAUAUGAAGGCCCAACUUUGGCUCACGCUGUGGAGUUGUUUGGCGGCAGACGAUGGAGUACUCGAAACCCCAGUCCCGGGACAUCAGCAAAGAGUGCUGAUAAGCCCAACAUGCAGAGAAACAACACCUUGGGUAUAAGCACCGCCAAGAAAAAGAAGAAAAUCCUUAUGAGGGGUGAGAGUGGAGAGGCCACCGAUGACGAGAUGGCCACCCGCAAAGCCAAAAUGCACAAAGAGUGUCGGAGCCGGAGUGGUUCUGACCCUCAAGAAAUUAAUGAACAAGAAGAAUCAGAGGCGAAUGCCAUCACGAGCUCUCCUAACCCUCUCCCUUCCAGAAGAGCCCACUCUUUGACCACGGCUGGGUCCCCUAACUUGGCUGCCGGGACGUCAUCUCCCAUCAGGCCAGUGUCCUCCCCUGUGCUGUCUUCUUCAAACAAGAGCCCGUCCAGUGCUUGGAGCAGCAGCAGCUGGCAUGGGCGGAUCAAAGGAGGAAAGAAGGGCUUUCAGAGCUUCAUGGUUUCAGACAGCAGCAUGAGUUUUGUGGAGUUUGUUGAGCUGUUCAAAUCAUUCAGUGUGAGGAGCCGCAAGGACCUGAAGGAUCUCUUUGACAUCUAUGCCGUACCCUGCGACCGAGCCGGCUCCACGGCGGCCCCCCUCUACACCAACCUGACCAUUGACGAAAACACCAGUGGUCUUCAGCCUGACCUAGAUUUGUUGACCAGAAAUGUCUCCGAUUUGGGGUUAUUCAUUAAGAGUAAACAGCAGCUGUCCGACAACCAGAGGCAGAUAUCUGAUGCCAUUGCUGCUGCAAGUAUCGUGACAAAUGGCACUGGGGUGGAGAGCACAUCCCUGGGCGUAUUUGGAGUUGGCAUCCUCCAGCUCAAUGACUUCCUAGUGAAUUGCCAAGGAGAACACUACACUUACGAUGAAAUCCUCAGCAUCAUCCAGAAGUUCGAGCCUAGUGUUAGUAUGUGUCAUCAGGGCCUAAUGUCGUUUGAAGGAUUUGCAAGGUUUCUGAUGGAUAAAGAUAAUUUUGCCUCGAAAAAUGAUGAGUCACAGGAGAACAUUAAAGAAUUGCAAUUGCCCCUCUCCUACUAUUACAUUGAAUCUUCACACAAUACCUACCUCACAGGCCAUCAACUCAAGGGAGAGUCCUCAGUAGAACUCUACAGCCAGGUCCUCCUGCAAGGCUGUAGGAGUGUAGAGUUGGACUGCUGGGACGGAGAUGAUGGGAUGCCCAUCAUUUAUCAUGGACACACCCUGACAACCAAGAUCCCCUUCAAGGAAGUGGUUGAAGCCAUCGAUCGCAGUGCCUUUAUCAACUCUGACCUCCCCAUCAUCAUAUCUAUUGAGAACCACUGUUCAUUGCCUCAGCAACGAAAAAUGGCAGAAAUUUUCAAGACUGUGUUUGGAGAAAAACUGGUGGCUAAAUUCUUAUUUGAGAGUGAUUUCUCAGAUGAUCCAAUGCUUCCCUCACCUGACCAACUCAGGAGGAAAGUACUUCUCAAAAAUAAGAAGUUAAAAGCCCAUCAGACACCGGUGGAUAUAUUAAAGCAAAAGGCUCAUCAGCUAGCAUCCAUGCAAGCUCAGGCUUAUAAUGGUGGCAGUGCCAACCCUCCACCUGCUAAUAACGAAGAAGAGGAAGAUGAAGAGGACGAAUAUGAUUAUGACUAUGAAUCCCUCUCUGACGACAACAUUCUAGAAGACAGACCUGAAAAUAAAUCAUGUAAUGACAAACUUCAGUUUGAGUAUAAUGAAGAAAUCCCCAAGAGGAUAAAGAAAGCAGAUAACUCUGCUUGCAACAAAGGAAAGGUUUAUGACAUGGAACUGGGAGAAGAAUUUUAUCUUCCUCAGAAUAAAAAGGAAAGCAGACAGAUUGCACCAGAGCUUUCUGACCUUGUCAUCUAUUGCCAAGCAGUAAAGUUUCCAGGCCUGUCAACUCUAAAUGCAUCUGGCUCUAGCAGAGGAAAAGAAAGGAAAAGCAGGAAGUCCAUUUUUGGCAACAAUCCGGGCAGAAUGAGCCCCGGGGAGACAGCAUCACUUAACAAAACAUCUGGAAAAAGUUCCUGUGAAGGAAUGCGACAGGCCUGGGAGGACUCGCCUUCCUCUGUCAACCCAGCCACGUCCCUCAGCGCUAUCAUUAGAACUCCCAAAUGCUACCACAUCUCCUCGCUGAAUGAAAACGCCGCCAAGCGUCUGUGUCGCAGGUGUUCUCAGAAACUGAUCCAGCACACUGCCUGCCAGCUGCUGAGGACGUAUCCGGCUGCCACCCGCAUCGACUCGUCCAACCCCAGCCCCCUCCUCUUCUGGCUCCAUGGGAUACAGCUCGUGGCGCUCAACUACCAGACAGAUGAUCUCCCUUUACAUUUAAAUGCUGCCAUGUUUGAGGCCAACGGUGGCUGUGGUUAUGUUCUGAAACCCCCAGUUCUGUGGGACAAGAACUGUCCCAUGUAUCAGAAGUUUUCUCCCUUGGAAAGAGACCUGGACAACAUGGAGCCUGCCAUCUAUUCUUUAACUAUUGUCUCUGGGCAGAACGUGUGCCCGAGUAACAGCACGGGAAGCCCGUGUAUAGAGGUCGACGUCCUGGGCAUGGCCCUGGAUAGCUGCCACUUCCGCACGAAGCCCAUCCACCGCAAUACUCUGAACCCCAUGUGGAAUGAACAGUUCCUCUUCCGGGUUCACUUUGAAGAUCUCCUAUUUCUUCGUUUUGCCGUUGUGGAGAACAACAGCUCGGUGGUAACUGCGCAGAGAAUCAUCCCCCUCAAGGCUCUAAAGCGAGGAUAUCGACAUCUUCAGCUGCGAAACCUCCACAAUGAAGUCUUGGAAAUCUCUAGUUUAUUCAUAAACAGCAGGAGGAUGGAAGAAAAUUCCUCUGGCAAUACUAUGCCAGCCUCUUUGAUGUUUAAUACAGAAGAAAGAAAAUGUUUGCAGAUUCACAGAGUCACAGUACAUGGGGUCCCAGGUCCAGAGCCCUUUGCUGUUUUCUCCAUAAAUGGAGGCACCAAGGCAAAGCAGCUUCUCCAACAAAGUCUGACCAUUGAUCAAGACACCAAACCUAUUGCCACAGACUAUUUUUUAAUGGAAGAAAAAUAUUUUAUAUCUAAAGAAAAGAAUGAAUGUAGGAAACAACCGUUCCAGAGACCCAUUGGUCCAGAAGAAGAGAUCAUGCAGAUUUUAAGCAGCUGGUUUCCAGAAGAGGGAUAUGUUGGCAGGAUUGUCUUAAAAACCCAGCAGGAGAACCUGGAAGAGAAGAGCAUCGUUCAAGAUGACAAGGAGAUGAUCCUGAGCUCAGAGGAGGAGAGUUUCUUUGUCCAGGUGCACGACGUUUCUCCCGAGCAACCGCGGACAGUCAUCAAGGCGCCCCGCGUCAGCACUGCGCAGGACGUCAUUCAGCAGACCUUAUGCAAAGCCAAAUAUUCCUAUAGCAUCUUGAGCAACCCGAACCCGGGUGAUUAUGUGCUUUUGGAAGAGGUGGUGAAAGACACUGCCAACAGGAAGUCUUCUACCCCAAAGUCCUCCCAGCGUGUCCUUUUGGAUCAGGAGUGUGUUUUUCAAGCUCAAAGCAGGUGGAAAGGUGCAGGAAAAUUCAUCCUUAAGCUAAAGGAACAAGUGCAGGCAUCCCGAGAAGACAAAAGAAAAGGCAUCUCUUUUGCAAGUGAACUCAAGAAGCUCACCAAGUCGACUAAACAGCCCCGAGGACUCACAUCACCUUCUCAGGUCUUGACCUCCGAAAAUGUCCAAAACAAGGAGGAGAAACCUGUGGGCGGCUUGUCCUCCAGUGACACGAUAGACUAUCGACAGUGA